AGAGAUAAGACAUGAUCGUGUCAUCUAAGGAGUCCCUUGUUUGUUUCUGUAAUAAACUAUCAGGACGUUUUCUGGGUAAAUAAGUCAGCAACUAUCACGCUCACUACUCGCCCUGCCAUUGUAUCAAACAAAUCCCCUUUUGUUGGAUAUCCACGAGACGAGGCUUUCCGCACGACAUCAUUGGUGAUAAUGGACAAGCGGAGCUUCUUGAUCCUUAUCACAUCAUUUCAAAUGACAGUAUAAGAAGACUCUUGUGCUACAACAAUGCAGCAAAUCGAGCUCAGAGCCCUGCAGGACGGGUGCUCUCGACGAGGCUCGACCAAUUCCGAGCGUUCGGAUUCGGAGACGAUAUAUUUCAGAGGUACACUCCCCGAAGCGAAAGCAGUCAGCAGCACAGCUGGAGAUGAGUACUCGCCGACCGACGAGGAAUUGAAGACUCUCCCACGCGUGGCCGACCGCAUCUCGUGGAGCGUCUACACGGUCGCAUUCGUCGAGCUCUGCGAACGCUUUUCGUAUUACGGCACUCAGAUCCUGUUUCAGAACUUUGUUCAGCGGAAACGACUCACGCCCACGGGCGCGGCGCUGAACCCUAGCGGCGACUCGAACAACAACCCUGGCGCACUCGGUCGAGGACAACAGACGGCGACGGCUCUCAGCACUUUUUUUGCUUUUUGGUGCUAUGUCACACCUCUGCUGGGCGCGUGGCUCGCCGAUACUUAUUUUGGAAGGUACAAAAUGAUCAUGAUAUCCAUUCUUUGUGCUCUGGCAGGACACUUCAUCCUCGUUGCCGGCGCCACACCUUCGUCCCUACAACACCCCGACUCGGCGCUGGCAAAAUUCAUCGUGGGCAUUAUCGUCUUCGGCCUCGGGACGGGAGGUUUCAAACCCAACAUUUCGCCCUUGAUCGCGGAGCAAAUCGUCGUCGACGGCAAACUUCGCAUCGAGACCGGCUCAAAAGGCGAGCGCGUCAUUGUCGACCCGGCCCAAACGUCGGCGCGGGUCUACAACUGGUUCUACCUCUUCAUCAACAUCGGCGCGUUGCUUGGCCAGCUCUCAAUGUCCUACGCGGCCUUGUACAUAGGAUACUACCUCGCCUUCCUCCUGCCGACAAUCCUGUUCCUACUUUGCCCUCUCGUUCUCAUCGUGUUCAAGAAAACCUAUCGUCUCAACCCACCCCAGGGCUCCGUGCUCGGACCGGCCCUUCACUUCAUCUUCUACGCCACGAGGGGUCGAUGGUCCUUCAACCCUAUCCGCACGAUACGUAACCUUCGGACGCACGAUGUCUGGAACGCGGCGCGACCGUCGCGGAUACCUGCCGGCCGUCGACCGAACUGGAUGACGUUCGACGACGCCUGGGUCGCCGAGCUGCGUCGGGGUGUGCAGGCGUGUACCGUCUUCCUCUGGAUGCCCGUCUACUGGCUCACGUACAACCAGCUCCAGAACAACCUGAUCUCGCAGGCCGACACGAUGCGGCACACCGGCAUCCCACCGGAGAUCGUGAGCAACUUUGACCCUCUCGCGCUGAUCAUCCUCAUUCCAUUGUGCGACCUUCUCGUCUACCCUGCCCUGCGCAAGUCCGGGUGGGUUCGCGUCACGCCGAUCCGUAAAAUCACGCUGGGGUUCUGGUUCGGGAGCGCCGCCAUGAUCUACGCCGCCUCUUUGCAGCGGUACAUUUACACACACAACGAGUGCGGAAUGUAUCCUAACGAGGGGCUACCUUCGAAUAGCAACCGUGCCGGUGGUGGUCCCGGUGCCGCAGCGGGUGUUGAAGACUGCGCGCCCGCCGAUGUGAGUAUAUGGUGGCAAACACCCAUAUACGUUCUCAUAGCGACGAGCGAGAUUCUCGCCAGCGUGACGGUGCUGGAGUACGCCUUCACCAAAGCCCCGCGGAACAUGAGGAGCAUGGUGCAGGCGUUCGGCCUGUGCAUGACUGCGGCAGCCAACAUCAUUGGAGAAGCAUUGAUUUGGCUCGCGAGGGAUCCGUUGCUUGUAUGGAACUAUGCACUUAUGGGCGUCGUCGCUGCGGUUGCUGGUGGACUGGUGUGGAAGGUCCAUGGGCAUUUGGACGACGUGGAGGAUGCGAUGAAUCUGUUGCCUGAGGGGCACGUUGGUGUCGAGACUACGAGGGGAGCAAGUGUGGAUCUUAGACGGCGUAGAGAGAGUAUGGAUGAAGAAGGUUCGGAUGGGAGUGAGGCAGAGGAGGAGGAUCAGCUUAUGCAAAAUGUUCGGACCUGA